AGCUCUCCGGGGGAGCCCACCAACGUGGCUACCAUGGCCUCUGAAGACAUUGCCAAGCUAGCAGAGACACUAGCCAAAACCCAGGUGGCUGGGGGACAACUAAGUUUCAAGGGCAAGAGCCUCAAACUGAACACUGCAGAAGAUGCUAAAGAUGUGAUUAAAGAGAUUGAAGACUUUGACGGCUUGGAGGCUCUGCGCCUGGAGGGCAACACGGUGGGUGUGGAAGCAGCCAGGGUCAUUGCCAAGGCCUUAGAGAAGAAGUCGGAGUUGAAGCGAUGCCACUGGAGCGACAUGUUCACGGGGAGGCUGCGGUCUGAGAUCCCACCAGCCCUGAUUUCACUAGGGGAGGGACUCAUCACAGCUGGGGCCCAGCUGGUGGAGCUGGACCUAAGUGACAAUGCGUUUGGGCCUGAUGGUGUGCGAGGCUUCGAGGUCCUGCUCAAGAGUUCAGCCUGCUUCACCCUGCAUGAGCUCAAGCUCAACAACUGUGGCAUGGGCAUUGGCGGUGGCAAGAUCCUGGCAGCGGCUCUGACUGAGUGUCACCGGAAAUCCAGUGCCCAAGGCAAGCCGCUAGCCCUGAAGGUCUUUGUGGCUGGCAGAAACCGUCUAGAGAAUGACGGAGCCACUGCCUUGGCAGAAGCUUUUGGGAUCAUCGGGACUCUGGAGGAGGUCCACAUGCCACAGAAUGGGAUCAAUCACCCUGGCGUCACUGCCCUGGCCCAGGCUUUUGCUAUCAACCCCCUGUUGCGGGUCAUCAACCUGAAUGACAAUACCUUCACUGAAAGGGGUGCUGUAGCCAUGGCUGAGACCCUGAAGACCUUGCGGCAGGUGGAGGUGAUCAAUUUUGGAGACUGCCUGGUGCGCUCCAAGGGUGCCAUUGCCAUUGCAGAUGCUGUCUGCAGGGGCCUGCCCAAGCUGAAGGAGCUGAACUUGUCAUUCUGUGAAAUCAAGAGAGAUGCUGCCCUGGCUGUUGCUGAGGCCAUGGCAGACAAGGCCGAGCUGGAGAAGCUGGACCUCAAUGGCAACGCCCUGGGAGAAGAAGGCUGUGAGCAGCUUCAGGAGGUGCUGGAUGGCUUCAACAUGGCCAAGGUGCUGGCGUCCCUCAGUGAUGAUGAGGGUGAGGAUGACGAGGAAGAGGAGGAGGAGGAAGGAGAAGAGGAAGAGGAAGAGGAGGAGGAAGAAGAGGAGGAAGAGGAGGAGGAGGAGGAAGAGGAGCCGCAGCAACACAGGCAGGGGGAGGAGCCACCCACGCCUUCGAGGAAGAUUCUGGACCCUAACAAGGGGGAGCCAGCUCCCGUGCUGUCCUCCCCACCUCCUGCUGACAUCUCUACCUUCCUGGCCUUCCCCUCUCCAGAGAAACUGCUGCGCCUCGGGCCCAAGAGUUCUGUGCUGAUAGCCCAGCAGACUGACACGUCUGACCCGGAGAAGGUGGUCUCUGCCUUCCUGAAGGUGUCGUCUGUGUUCAAGGACGAAGCCACAGUAAGGACAGCAGUGCAGGAUGCCGUAGAUGCCUUGAUGAAGAAGGCCUUCAGCUCGUCAUCCUUCAACUCCAGUGCCUUCCUCACCAGGCUCCUCGUCCACAUGGGUCUGCUCAAGAGUGAAGACAAGAUCAAGGCCAUUGCCAACCUAUACGGCCCCCUGAUGGCGCUGAACCACAUGGUGCAGCAGGACUAUUUCCCCAAGGCCCUUGCACCCCCGCUGCUGGCGUUUGUGACCAAGCCCAACGGUGCCCUGGAGUCCUGCUCCUUUGCCCGCCACAAUCUGCUGCAAACGCUGUACAAGGUCUAGACUCAAAGCCAGCCUCUCCCCAUCCCUCACCUGGACCUGUGGCUUGGGAGGCACUCGGAUGAACUGAGCUGCAGCUGUGCCCUCCGCUUGGACAGGACUCACCAGAGGCAGGGAGGGGCCUUUGUCUCGUGUCGCGUCAGUCCCCCGAGUACGUGUGUUGUGGUGCUUGUGCAGGUGUGCUUCCUGUCGGGAUUUGGGUUUUUAAUGUCUCCCUGCUGGACUGGCCCUGAUCUGGUGUGGGGAGCUGGUCCCCAGGGUAAAGGGCUGCAAGCUGCUCUGCCAUUAAAUUCACCGCCAUCUGAGGGGGCUCUGAUGAUAUGUGUCUCAGGCUCCAGGCCCUGGUGGCUGUCCCUACCGCCUUUGCAUUCCUGCCCCCCCCCCUUGGGUGGUACCAGAGUCUGGGGAGCUGCUGUCCAUGUGCCAUCCCUUCCCUCUGUGUGCAGUUGGGCUGUCUCCUGCCCUGCCUGGGGCUGCUCACUUGGCAGCUGCUUCUGCUUCCUGUCACCAAGCACUGGUCCUGCAGUGACUGUCAUCCAUGUCUGUGGGUGGGGCUGUGGGGUUGUCAGCAGAGGGCAAGCAAGCCCCUGGUUGGGACCCAUGCCAUGUGGACAGGAGAAGAAGCCAGUGAGAAGGUACCAGAUUGUCCAGAAGCAGGAGUUGCCUGUGUCUGUGCCGGCUCUCCCCUGGCUGCUGAGGAGAUUGCCUGUGACCUUGGGGCCAGGCUGGAGGGGCACCUUGGCAGGCCCAAUCUCCUGCCUGGGGAGGGAGGGGGAGGGCCCCCGAUGCCAGAUGUCCAUCUUGGGGCUGCUCUUAAAGGACCUCCUCGGGCAGGGCAGGGGAGGGGUGGGGACUGGACUGGGCAGGUAGGUGCCCUGUGACCUCUCUUAACAGUCUCAUGCUUUCCCCUUUGUGCUGUAUGUGUGUCUGGGCUGUGCCCAGAGCUUCACAAAUAAAGUUGUGUUGCAGCAGCA